UGCAUAAAAAGGAACCCAAUGGUUGUGACUUUAAUCUAUGUGAGUGUCUGUUACACACAUGGGAUUCGAGAAAUUUUGGUUUGAUUAGUGAAAUUUUGGGUUUAACAAUUCCCAAUAGACUCUUGAGAGUUUCACUUUACCCUUCACUUCACUUUGAUGUGAGAAGCAUUAACACACAAAAAAACACACAUCGAAAUCAAAUCAUAUGUAACCUCAAACUCCAAGGUUGUUUGUCUUGUGUUUUUUAUUUUUAUAUUUUUAUUUUGUGCUGCGCUAGGGUUUGAGCUCGAAGGUGGUGGUGUGAAGUGAAACUGAGGGCACUGAAAAGUGGAUUCAAGUUGAAGCUAAUGGUUUUCAGUGUUAAGAGAGUUUGAUUCCAAGAUCGAGCAUUGGUGAUGCAAUCAUACCUACUCUUAGACCAACACAAACACAAACACAAACACAAACACACGAAUCGCUGGUUUGAUUCAAAAUGCAAUUCGCAAAGCUCGAUGAUUCUCCUAUGUUCCGCAAGCAGAUACAAUGCAUGGAGGAAAGUGCUGAAUCUUUGAGAGAGAGAAGUUUAAAAUUUUACAAAGGAUGUAGAAAAUACACCGAAGGACUUGGGGAGGCAUAUGAUGGAGAUAUUGCAUUUGCAAGUGCCUUAGAAACUUUUGGUGGUGGGCAUAAUGAUCCCAUCAGUGUGGCUUUUGGAGGCCCUGUUAUGACCAAAUUCACUAUAGCCUUGAGAGAAAUUGGGACAUACAAGGAAGUUCUUCGAUCACAGGUUGAGCAUAUGUUAAAUGACAGAUUGCUUCAGUUUGUCAAUAUGGAUUUGCAAGAGGUCAAGGAAGCACGGAAACGCUUUGACAAGGCUAGCCUUAUUUAUGACCAGACUCGAGAAAAGUUUCUGUCACUGAGAAAGGGGACAAAAAGUGAUGUAGCUACUGCCCUAGAAGAGGAGCUUCAUAGUGCAAGAUCUACAUUUGAGCAAGCUCGGUUUAAUCUGGUUACUGCCUUGUCAAAUGUUGAAGCAAAGAAGAGAUUUGAAUUUUUGGAAGCAGUCAGUGGGACCAUGGAUGCGCAUCUUCGUUACUUCAAACAGGGGUAUGAAUUGUUGCACCAAAUGGAGCCAUAUAUUAACCAGGUCUUGACUUAUGCUCAGCAAUCAAGAGAAAGGUCCAAUUAUGAACAAGCAGCUCUCAAUGAAAGAAUGCAAGAUUACAAACGACAGAUUGAUCGAGAGAGUAGGUGGGCUUCAAAUGGUUCUAAUGGGUCUCCUAAUGGAGAUGGUAUACAAGCCAUUGGUAGAAGUUCACAUAAGAUGAUAGAGGCAGUUAUGCAAUCUGCUGCAAAGGGAAAGGUUCAAACUAUUCGACAAGGUUAUCUCUCAAAGCGUUCCUCAAACUUAAGGGGGGACUGGAAAAGGAGGUUUUUUGUUCUUGACAGUCGGGGAAUGCUGUAUUACUACCGUAAACAAUGCAGCAAAUCAUCAGGGUCUAGCAGUCAACAUUCUGGUCAGAGGAAUAGUUCUGAGCUUGGUUCUGGACUUUUAAGUCGAUGGCUGUCUUCUCAUUAUCAUGGUGGAGUACAUGAUGAGAAAUCUGUUGCUCAUCACACUGUGAACCUGCUUACAUCAACCAUCAAAGUUGAUGCUGACCAAUCAGAUUUGAGGUUUUGCUUCCGGAUCAUUUCACCAACUAAGAACUACACUUUGCAGGCAGAGAGUGCGCUAGACCAAAUGGAUUGGAUUGAAAAGAUCACAGGUGUUAUUGCCUCAUUGCUGAGUUCUCAGAUUCCUGAAAGGUUGUUGCCUGCAAGUCCCAUGGGAAGUGGUCAUCAUAGGUCUACCAGUGAGAGUAGUUCUUUUGAAAGUUCAGAUUUUGAUCACUGUGCUGUUGAGGAUUGUACAGCUGAUAGAAGUCUUGCUUCUGCGCAUCCGGAACGCCCCUCAAGAAGUUUGCACCAGCCUCGAUCCUGUAUUAAAAGUGAGAAGCCAAUUGAUGUGUUGCGAAGAGUUUGUGGGAAUGAUAAAUGUGCUGAUUGUGGUGCCCCUGAACCUGAUUGGGCAUCACUUAAUCUUGGUGUUCUUGUUUGCAUUGAAUGUUCUGGUGUUCAUCGAAACCUUGGCGUGCACAUAUCAAAGGUCAGAUCACUUACAUUGGAUGUUAAAGUGUGGGAACCUUCUGUGAUAAGUUUAUUUCAGUCUCUUGGGAAUACUUUUGCCAACUCAGUCUGGGAGGAACUAUUGCAAUCGAGAAGUGCCUUCCAGGUUGAUCUUACAGGGUUGAACAAGUCCGAUAAACCACUGAUGCUUUUUAUCACCAAACCUUGUCAGUCUGAUUCUCUAUCUGUAAAGGAAAAGUUCAUCCAUGCAAAGUAUGCAGAGAAGCUUUUUGUUCGCAAGCCAAAGGACAAUCAAUACCGUCUCUUGGUGGCACAACAGAUCUGGGAGGCUGUUCGUGCUAAUGACAAAAAAGCUGUAUACCGCUACAUUGUUAAUUCUGACAUUGAUGUUAAUAUUGGUUAUGAGCAAACAUGCAGCAGCUCCUUAACCCUUGCCAAAGUAAUGCUAUUACAAGAGCAGACAAGCCAUGAUAUCAACUCUAAUUUGUCAGGGAACACAUUGGACUGGUCCUCUACUAGCUCUUUAAAUUUGGGGGGUACUAAAGAAGGCCAGGCUAUGGACAAUCUAGAUGGGUGCACCCUACUUCACCUUGCUUGUGAAACUGCAGAUAUUGGCAUGCUGGAGCUCCUACUACAGUAUGGUGCUAAUGUUAAUGCAACUGAUUUGAGAGGCCAAACACCACUACAUCGCUGUAUUCUCAAAGGCAGAUCUACAUUUGCGAGAUUACUGCUUUCAAGGGGUGCCGAUCCUCGAGCCGUGGAUGACCAGGGAAGAACCCCUAUUGAGCUUGCUGCAGAAUCAAAUGCUGAUAACAGAGAAGUCCUUGCUCCAUUGACUGAUUCUAAUGGAUGACACUGAUAGGCAGGGUCCCUGGAGCUCCAAGUACAUUACAUAUAUAAAGAUAUGGAAGAUUGGAUUAUGUAAAUUUGUAUUUCAUAAAUUCAAAAGCUGGUUUUUUGUUUUUGGAAGGAAAUAUCACUAGAGUCGCAACUAGUUUGGGUUGUUGAUGUUGAAGGAAAUGUCACUGGUGUUAAAGGAUUAAGGGAGAGUGGUAGGUCGAAAUGCCUGCCCCUUGGUCAUGUGCAAAAUAGUGCUAAGAUUUUUAAUGUCAAAUGGCCACAUUGGUCUGAGUCAUGAGCAGUGCUGCACCGGUGACUUUGUAACAUGUUGUUUGUGUAUUUUCGUUUAUUUCCUUUUGUGGUAAAGUUGGGAUGCAUUAGGCUAGGGAUCUGUGUAUGUUGUGUACAUUGGUUUUAUUUUUGUGAAGCUGUUGUGGCUGUAAUUCACUUGUGUAUUUUUGGAUCACUUGGUGGGAGACAUUGACUCAAGAGGGAUACAUGUU